GCACUUCCGUUCGAUAUACUAUUAUCAAUUUAUACAAAGAUUUUGACGCAGUAAUGCAGUAAUUAAAACUUAGUUACGAUGAAAGCUGAAAAUUCAACAAAUUUAAGAUUGUUUAAGUUUAAUAUAUUUAUUGAAUACAACAAAACAUACAGUUCAAUUGUAAAGUGAAAAACAAAAACGCCUAAUUUAUGUACAAUAAUUAUGUAGCACCUUAAUUCUUAAUUUAAAUAAGGUUACAAUAAGAUAGGGAUUUUUCUCUGAAAAAGACUAAUUAAAUGACUCAUAUAUGUAUUCAUUUCAAAUUGAUAACAAAUCAUAUUACUCAGAUGAAGUGCCUAUAAUUUUGUGGUGGACUCCUUUUGGAACUGAUGGAAAACUUAGAAAUUGCGGAAAUUAUCAAUGUUAUUUUACAAGUAACCGAUCAUUGCAGUAUCAUCCAAAUAUAAAAAGCUUUCUUUUCUAUGGUACUGCUUUUCAAAUUAAUGAUUUACCAGAAUGGAAAUCCAAUGAAGUUCCCUGGGGUUUGCUUCAUGAAGAGUCCCCAAGAAAUAACCCAAUCCUGGUUCAUCAACAAACUUUAAAUCUUUUUACGUACUCCUCAACAUUUAGCAGAUUUAGUGAUGUGCCUCUCACUCUUAUAGAUCUACCUGGAAUUACAGAAUUAUUAAGUAAAAAAUAUUUUGUUUCAACAAAAGAAAAGACUAAAUUAAUACAUACAAAAAACCUUGCACCAUUGCUUUACAUACAGUCUGACUGUGAUACUGCGAGUAAUAGAGAUAUUUAUGUAGCAGAAUUAAUGAAACAUAUACGGGUUGAUUCAUAUGGCACAUGUUUAAAUAAUGUUCAAUUAGAUACAAGGCUAAAGGAAAAUUACCUUGAAAUAUUAAACAGUGAGGAUUUUCUGUCAUUCAUCAGUAAGUAUAAAUUUACAAUAGCUUUUGAAAAUGCAGUCUGUGAAGAUUAUAUCACGGAAAAAUUGUGGAGGCCCCUUAUCGUUGGAUCUGUACCUAUAUAUUAUGGAUCACCUUCAUUUAAGGAUUGGCUUCCAAAUAAUAUGUCUGCAAUUUCAGUACGAGAAUUUAAAGAUCCAAUAAGUUUGGCCAAUUUCCUACAGAAACUUGUUCUUAAUGAAACUGAAUAUGAUAAAUACUUGUCACAUAAACUAAUUAAUAAUUAUGAAAUACACAAUGAAAGAUUGAAGAAGGCAUUUGAAAAAAAUACAACAUGGUUUCGAAAUGAAUUUGGAAAUUAUGUUGAAGAAUUUGAAUGUUUUAUUUGCGAGAGUAUACAAAAAAAAGGAAAGAAAAAAGUUGUUGACAAAGAACAUUACGACUGUCCAUUGCCAAUAAAUCCAUUAACAAAUGAAGUUGAUCAUAAUAAUUGGUGGGUACAGCAAUGGAUUGUAGAAAAAUGUGGUGCAAAAGUAUUGACUUAUUAUUUACAAAAUAAUUUUACAAUUAACAUGGAAAAUUUUGAAAAAGAAAAGCUGCAAUUAUAUGACAAAAAUAAGUGUUAAAUUAUUGGUAUUUAUAUGAUUUUUGCUAAAAUUUAAAUGUACAUAAUUUAUACUGUUAUAAUGAAAAUAAUAUUUUGUACAUUUGUUCAAAAUUGUUAUUUGCUUUUAAAUAAUUGCUUUAUGAUACUUAUUCUGAUGAAAGAAGACAAUACGAAACGAAAGAUCAUAUUCAUAAUGACCAUUUAAUGUUUUAUGUUUUUCAUAUUUUAUAAAAUGAAAAUACUAGAUAUAUAUGUGAUAAUAAAAAUGUAUCGACGUAAAACAAGUUUUAAAAAAUAAUGACUAUAUAUAUUUGUUCGUUGGAAAAGAAAGUGAUGCAAGUUAUACAUAUAGCUACAGAUUAAAAUCAUGCUGGUGCAAUUGAAAUUGUUUGAAAUAUUAAGUUAUACGCGCAAAUACCAUUUAUGUAUGGUUGUUUAUUAAAAGAAAUGACGCCAAUUGUAAAUCUAUCUAUUUGUACUCAAAUAAAUAAUAAAUCAAUUUAAUGAAACCAUUCGUUUUACAGAAAGAGAAUUGAUUGAUUGAUUGAUUGAUUCUUGUUGCGGGCGUCGACUACUAUGGUCAUUAACCCGGAAAGAGAAUUAUGACUUACACCAGAUUGAUUUUUACUUCUUUGUAUAAUAUUUACUUAAUAAAAAGACUAUCAUAACUGAAAAAAUUCCUUGUUUCAAAAUUUC